AUGACGACGACCUUUGCGCCGUCCUUUUCGCGCACCACCACGGCCGUCUCCUCUGUCUCUGUCGUCUCACCCACCCCGUCGCCGCUCACUGUUCUUGUGCGCCCGGGCUUUGACGGGACGUCCGAUUUUUUUCCCUUUCACGACCUCGCCAAGGUCGGCGGCUACACCAAGGACGACUUGACCUUUCGCGACCUCAUCCAGGAUGGCAUCGACGGCGGGCCGCAGGUCGACCUCUACCUCUCGGGAUGCCGCAUCGGCCGCGGCCGCGGCGCCCCGCUUGAUUGCCCGACGGCGUGCAACGACACAGCGCUCUUCUUUGGUUCAUUUGAGACGUUUUACAACUGCGCGGCCCUCGCAUCUAUUGCAUACUGGACACGCGAGGUUGGUACCUACUACGUCGACGCCGAAGCCGAGCGCAACGCCAGCGCUCUUAUGGGCAACGGCUCGCUGGCCUCGUUUCAGGGCCGGCCGGUGGUGGAAUCCUUUGCCGCGUGUGCCGUCGAGUCGUGCAUCGAGGAUCAGCUCUCCGAGCCGUGCGACGCCUCCAUUACGUACUUGUCGCGAAACUCGUCCACCGACGACAUCUUUGCGGCCAUGGACAUCUUUUGCCCCGAGCUGCGCGCCGAGAUCAAUCCCGACAUCUUUGGUCCUGGUGUCCUCAUAUCUUACGUUUUGCAAGUCGUCUUUGCCGGCUCCCUCUACAUCUUUCUCCGAAUCUUCACCUUUUGGGUCAGCUAUUCCCAGAAGCCCGCCAAGCGGCCAGCCUCGGAGCGCAUUGUCCGGCGACUCACGCGCAUCGAGUCGAUGUUGUGGAAGGACUCGUCGGCGCUGUCCCGGACCAGCAUCGCCAUCGCCACCACGCUCGUCGAGUUCCAAGAAGCCCAGUGCUGGUUCAUCUUUGCCGUGCAAAUCGCUUCGAUCCUCGCCAUUGUCGUCAACUCGCAAGAGGGCUCCUUUUGGGGCGAGAUCGUCGUCAACGGCGCCGUCGCCUUUCACGUCUCCCAAAACGGCAUCCUACCCAUGUUCCUCAUCCAGGUCUGCCUCCACAACGAGGGCAUCCGCAACUGGCACACCUUUCUCGGCUUCUGCACCGAGUACCUUCUCGCCGUCGUCGCCACCACCCAGAGCAUCUCCUUUGCCGGUGCCCUCGACCUCUUCCGCGGCCAGCGCGCCGUCGCCGCCUGCGGCGGCAACCCCAGCCCCCGCACCUACUGCGCCUCGAGCGCCGGCGUCGACGGCCUCACCCUCACCUUCUUCCCGCACCCGCUCGUCUACAAGCUUGUCUUCCUCGUGCUUGACACUGUCGCCAUUGUCGCCCUCGGCGUCGACCAGCUCGCGUGGACGCUGCGCACGCACCGCCGCACCCGUCACUGGUCCAUUGGGGCCCACGGGCUCGGCCGCUGGCCCGACGGGCCGCUCAAGCGCCACUGGCUGCGUUGGUCCGCUUGGUUCUGGCACGGUCUCGAAUUUGCCUACCUCGUCAUCAACGUCUUAUAUCUCAUCUCCCUCAGCAAGGUCAUCAGCGACGACAGCUUCCGCGCGAACCGCUGGUCCUACGGCCAAAUCAUUGCCAUGACGGUCUGGGGCCCCGUCAUUGUCAAGCUCUUUUCCCUGAUUCUAUCCGGACCUCCCAAAAACGGCGAGGGCCUCAAUUCCGGCCCGCCCCGGCUGCGCAUCGACAAUGUCCUCAACCAUCGGCAAGACAAUGCCGGCGAUGACGCCAUGAGCACAUGCUCGUCGGCGAGAUGGCAGCCUACGCCGGCGACACCGCGUAAGCUCGCCGUGCCGCAGAGUCCAGCAACGGAUGGCGGGCUGACCGAGCAAGUCAUUGUAGAGGCGCCGCGACCACGGCCUGCAAAACUGACGAUACGCCAUGAAUGA